GGCCCCGGCUGCCCCCGUCCCCGGGCGGCCCAAGGCGAUGCCGUACCCCAGUGCUCCGGACAGGUUCCCCUCUGUUAACCCGGUAUCCCCCGCGGCCUUUAGCUGAAUUCAGGUUUUGCGCGGUGUAUUGUAAACUUCUGGGAAAGGUCUACAGCAUUCUUUCCAUUCAACUUCUUUUGACCACAGUCACAUCAGCAAUUUUUCUGUACUCUACUGGAGUGCAGGCAUUUGUUCAUGAAAGGCCUGCCUUGCUCUUGAUAUCUGCGAUUGGAUCUUUAGCUGUAAUUGUGGCACUGACCUUCUACAGACACCAGCAUCCUAUUAAUUUAUACCUGCUUUUUGGAUUCACCCUACUGGAAGCACUGACAGUUGCCAUAGCAGUGAGUUUGUAUGACGUAUCUAUCGUCUUGCAAGCCUUUAUUCUUACUACUGCUGUAUUUCUUGGACUGACUGCAUAUACUUUGCAGUCAAAGAGAGACUUCAGCAAAUUUGGAGCAGGACUCUUUGCUUGUUUGUGGAUUUUAUUCUUCUCAAGUUUCUUGAGGCUGUAUUUCUAUAGUGAGACAAUAGAGUUGGUGUUCGCUGCUGCUGGAGCUCUUCUGUUCUGUGGAUUUAUUAUUUAUGACACUCAUUUGCUGAUGCACAAAUUGUCCCCUGAAGAGUACAUACUGGCUGCAGUCAAUCUCUACCUGGACGUCAUCAAUCUGUUCUUACACCUGCUGCGUUUACUGGAGGCAUUUAAUAAAAAAUAGUCAAAACCUUUGUGGUUUGACUAUAGCAGAUACAAAGUAAAGCAUUUGGAUGAUCUGCAAACUGUAGUUCUGUCUUCGAGAAACUGAAUCCUUAUUACUUUUCCAUUCCAUGAAUAUUGGUCCUUCGUACGAAAAGGGGGUUUUAGAUAGCUAAAAUUCUUGUCUAUAUAUUUUAUGUAGUCAUCAUUUCAGUCACUUUUUUAAUCACUUAAUUUGCA